CAGCAGGCCCCAAUCUCAAUAACCGCACAUUCCACGUUUCACUAUUCAACUGCAUACAUAAACCCUUGACCGACACUGAAGUGUUCAGCCAGCCUCCAAUAUGCGAUUCGUAGCAGUCACCCACCCGAUCAACCCCGCCGGCGAGGAGCGGCUCACCAGAGGACAAGUAUACGAAGGACUCAAGAUCAAAGCUCGCGAUCCUAUGAAAUUCAUUUCGGCCAUCGCCAGCUGCAAGGUCCUGAGCGAGCAUCCGACCGGUCUGCUGCGCGAGGUGCAGUUCAAGGGUCAAUCCGCACUCGCGCACGAGAAAGUCGAGUUCUUCCCUCCGGGAGCGGUGUACUUCACGAUGGUCUCGCCCACCACUGGCGAACUGCUCGCAUCGAUCACCAACGUUAUCAGCAGCACGCCAGACGGGGAGCUCUGGCUUACAUUUACGUUCGCAUGGGGCCCGAACGGCCCUUUGGAUGUCAGUGAGGAAGCCGUGGCGCAGGAGAAAGAGCGAGAGGAGAUGGGGAGGGAUGCAGUUGCUCACACUAUCAAAGCCAUUCGUGAACUUGUGAAGGCAAACACGUUUAGCUAUACACUAUUUGAAUGAUAAACACGUCUAUUUUCCGC